UGAAAUCCAUCUAUGUAACAUGACCGCCUGAUGAUGCUUGGCAAUUAAACAUAACUCUUUCUGGAACAUUUGCUGCGAGACAUUAGCAGCAGCAGCUCACUGGCUCUUAUAGUCAGUUUAUGACCUAGCUGCGCCUCAUGAACUGGCUUAAUCUCGGUGGCCGAGAUGGACCAGGGAAGGCAUCUCACGCCGCAUGACCCGAGUUCACGAAUUCGUUACAUCGCUAAUAAUAUAGCCAUGGACCAAUACACCCUCCCGGCGCUGCGUGCCCUGACAACUCCGCCCUAUAGGGAGUCUAGGAACCCUGUUGACAGGGGACCACCUAUGAGCGUUGAAGGAAUAAAAGAGCCAAGCCCACUACCUCUGAUAGCCCCCCUCCGCCCACUUUUAGUCUGUGUUGUGUCUCAGCUUCAUUUGGGAAACGCCUGGGCUUGAGCCUCUGCCUAAAAUGCUGCCAUUCCCCGGAAAUUCCCACUCUUAUUCUUGUAUUCUGUGGUUGCUCGCUCUGUGAUUCUUAUACGAAAGCCGCAUUGAAGCCGCAGUAACGAUGAAACACUUCAAUAUUGGCUUGACCGCUGCGCUGGGCCUGCCACUCGGUAUCUGGGCCGCUGAUUGCGAAACAACAAGCGAAAACGACCCCGAGACUGGCGAGAAGAUCCUGCGGGUGAACAGCCCAGAACAGCUCGACGUAUUUGGCGAUGAUUGUACCACAAUCGUUGGGCACAUUUUGAUUGAAUCCGACUACUCCGGCGAUUUCGUUCUGAACGGCGUUUCCGAGUUCAAGGGCAAUAUUUCCGCACCUCUCAGUGGCUAUGGUGACAAGCUUAAUGCCUUUGAGAUGCUUGAUCUGACAACGAUCGAUGCUAUCUUUGUUCCCAAGGUCGUCAAUGUACGUCUGCCAAGCCUAGUGCAUGCUGGAAAUAUCUACUUGGAACAGUCGUCUGCGGGCGAAGUAGACCUUGGCUCCUUGGUGGAGGCCGGCCAUGUAGGAUUGCGGGGUGAUUGGACAGGUAUCAACCUGGGCUCGUUGCAAAGGGCCACGCAGGUCGACAUCAGUGGAACCUACAGCUGGGAUGUGCCAGAGGGGGAGGAGCCCGUGAGCGUAGUGGUCGACCUUCCAGCACUAGAAUCUGCCAACUACUUUGGGGUCUCAGGUCUCUUCGAAAGUCUAUCACUCCCUCGCCUCACGACUAUAGGAGAGCAUGAAGAAGGAGUUGACUACUUGUACCAAACAUACGCAGAUGGCCGACCAUACACAUACAUAAGUGGGAGACCAGGGCUGCGAAUAAGCUCAGCGAACCACAUCCCAAUUGAGGUACCUGAAUUAGAAUUCCUCAACGGCAGUCUGCAGGUUUACGGCAAUGUGACCUCGUUCCGUUUGCCCUCCUUGGGGGAGUCUGAUGUUGACAUUGAGUUCAACACUGACACACAUCUCCAUAUUUACUCUACACUUGAAAGUACCGGGUAUCUCUGGCUCUGGGGAAAUAUCGCAACUGUCGACCUACCCAACAUCGAGCAUGUCGACUCAAUCUCAAUCGCCUAUGGCGACCGUCUCCCUUGCAACGAAACCCUACUGAAGUUAUGGACAUGGGCCAGAGAUGACUAUAAUCAGUAUAAGUGUUUCGAACUUGACGAUCAGUUCUUAGACGACAGCGACGAGGGUACAACUCCCAGCGUCGAAGAGGAGGACGAAGAGAAUAUUGAUACCGAUACCGAUAACGAAACUGAAGUCCCUGAUACCGACAGCUCAAAUGACACAAAUGACGACCAUAUCACGGAGACCCGCCCUUCCAAUGAUAGCCCUGCCAGCGAAGAACAAGACACUACUGAUGACUCGACUGAGGGUUUAGCUGACAACACAGAGAGUGACGAAGCAUUUGACGGGAGCGGUGGUCGCAUUGUUUCCCAUACCGGUGUUGCAAUGCUGAUUGCAGCCGUUGUCUUUUUCUGCUGUUGCUGAUGGCAUAAUCUACGAGAUCAGGUUUGGCUGAAGCGAGCAACGCAAGGGCAAUUCGAACCUGGUAAAACAUGAGGUAUAGAUAUACUCUUUUAUAGUAAUUCCGCUCAUAUACCUUCUUAAGCUUUACAUACUAGGUUUCGUAUUCAAUGCUUCUAGUGGAUUCGGGUGGAGUGCUGCACACUGGCAUUGUACAUAAAUAGAAAUGUACGGCGCCCUAUCUCAAAAGGGUGGGCAUUGAACACCAAUGCCUCAAACGAAUUGCACCUACAGAACAUAUCAGACCCUGAGGCCCUGAAACAUGAAACCUCCGGUGGAGAUUGAUCAACCGGAGAGCCGA